AUGUCGAAUGUGCCGCGCAAUGACAGCGCGCAAUUGCAGGAGAUGUUGCAACGAUUGCAGCAUGAAAAGAGUGAGGUAGAAGGUAUGAUGCAGAUCUUGACAUCCAAGCUACAGGAAGCACAAGAAGAGAAUUUUGAUUUGCAUGCCAGUAUGUCUCUUUUUGAGACAGAGACACGUCUUGAAGGUGACAAGAAGGAACGUGAGAUGCAGAAUAAAAUAUCGGCGCUCGAGUCAAAGCUUUCUUUCAUGUCGGAGAAGUUUCAGAACGCUGAACGUGCCAAGUUACGAGUCAUUAAAGAAGUAGAGGAUCUGCAGCAGAAACAGCGGGUCGAGAACAAGCGGCGCGACGCUGAGAGGCGGCUCAUGGCCACGAAACGACGUAAACAUGAGAGUUUCUUGGCCACCAGUCAGUCUAUCGCUAUGACUCAACAGCAGGUUAUGAAGGUGUCAGUUCCUGUGAUGGAAACUUCUGUGCAAACUGAGAAUCCCGUGAAAGAAGAGACUGAACGAGGUCACCCAAGUCUCACGAAAGAGAAUGCGCGUCUUAUUUCGUAUCUUUUGACUGGAACUUCGAGGGAUUUACUGACGUUAUUGAAUGGAGUUGCAGUUGUGCGCUCAAAAGACGAGGCACAAGAGAAUGCAGACGUUGACCGGACGCAGCUUCCACAAGGAUGGCACAGCUCGACUCCGACGCAGUAUCUUACAGAAUUCAUCCGGAAACUCUUUGAAUGGCUCGUUACAGCAGUCAUCAGGUGGUGUCCCGUUCUCUCAGAGUGUAUUUUCUCAAAACGUGCUCGAGAACUGUACGAUGUGAUGGGGAGAAUGUUGACAGGAGACGUUUCUGCUGUUGCACUAGUACCGGUAUUCAUUAAAUACCUCACGACACUAACAGAUUUAGAGUGGACGGUGAUGUGCAGUGUACUGCGCGUCAUGUAUUCGGUGAUGCAUCAUAGCACACAUUUUCAGCGCUUUCUUACGGUAGAAUCGUCGUCUUCUGAUGCAACGUCAUCUACAAAUGCCGAGCUCCAAAGGAAUAGCAACAGCAUGGAGCACCCACGAAUAGUGUUACCUGGACUACGGUUUAUUUCGUUGGAUGAAUACUUAUCGGCUCAGUCAGAAUAUGGAUCUAUGGCACAGAAUGAUUUACUGCAGGCAUCGGCGGCCGAAGCUGCUGCAGACCAAAAAGAGAUUCGGUCUAAGCUGAUGUGUGCGCUUUGCCGGGCUGUAAAGAGCAAUAUCAAGGAGCCUGUCGUCGUGAAGGAUGGCCUACGCGUGCUCUGUUUUUGGGUUGACCUUGGACUAGCACAUGGGCCUGCAUUAAUGCCAGAUUUCAAGCCGUUGUUGGCAAGUAACGUAAUUUCAGGUAUUCUGUUGGCACCAAAGAGUAUUCCUACCGUCAAGGCGCAAGCUGUGGGGCUGCUUUCUCAACUGCUACGCGUUCCAGAAAUUUUUAUUGAAGUGGCGGCCGAGUCAAAGAAAAUUUUGCUUUUCAACCGAUGCGUCAAGAUGUUGUUGUGCGAAGGGAAUCUUUCUCGGAAUGAAGUCAGCAGUGUUCGGGCGUUUCAGCACCAGAUCGUGAAGUUGUUGCUGUCGAUCAUUACGUUGUAUCCAUCCGAAGGGAUUUGUUUUGUGCUUGAAAGCACUCAUGGCCUGCCUGGUGACCCAGACGGAUAUCGGUCGGUGAUUUAUUAUCUGGCACGUCUGCUCGACCAAGAGACAUUCGAGAUACGGACUGGAGGAGAAAGUUUCGAAACGCACGCAUUGUUACGUGAUCACUUUCGUUUGGAUUUGAUCCAAGAUGCAUUUGCUUUGGUUGGACUGCUUUCGCGCUAUGUGGAUCUACGAAGCGAACUAGGUGGAGAUGACCAAGUGCAUUCGUUUCUCGCUGUUUUGCAUUUUCUAAGCAACCUUCCCCAUGACGGUAUACGAAAAAUAGCUGCAUCGGCACGCGCCUUUGUCAUUAUGAUGAAUCUUGCCCGGCCAUAG